UUCCGUUUCAGCUUAUUCGCCAUCAUCCACUGGAGACCAUUUCUGAAGAUAUAUAUCCUUUCCUCCUAUCUUUUUUUUCAUCUGAUCAUUCAUCCCAACACCUGCACUUCUGUCUUCUCAAUACUCAAGGGAAAGAAUAGGGAGGAUCAAAAUGGCUCUAACAUCCCACCGAACACGGCGUCUCUUGCUUUUCAUCUCUAAACCCCUCCUCUCCGCCCUCUUCGUAACAGCUCUCUUACGAUUAAUAUUCUAUCCCUCCUCAUCCAGCAAAAAACCCAUCAAUCCCCACCCACACCUCUCAAAAGCCCUCAUCCUCGCCACAACCGCCUCCUCAAACCUAACCUGGCUCACGCCCUCCCUCAUAGAGUCCACCCACUGGGACACCUACAUCUACAACACCUCUCUAACCCCCUCCCUUCUUCCCCAAAAUUCCCGCUCCUCCCCAUCCCAACUCACCGUCCCCCUCAACAAAGGCAACGAAGCAAUGCCCUACCUAACCUUCCUCACGACCCACUACCACACCCUCCCCUCCCUCAUGUUCUUCCACCACGACCACUCCCAAGCCUGGCACCAACCCUUCUCCUCGUCCUUCGAACUGCGCCACCUGAACCCGCUCACCGUCCUCAGAGAUGGGUAUGUGUCUCCGCGCUGCUUGCCGGGGUGCGAGAACGUGAUUGAACUCAGUGGGGAUGUGGUGCCGCUGGAGGAGAUGGGGACUGCGACGAGGGAGGUGCAGAUUAGUACUUUGUUACAUAAUUUCUGGCUCGACAAAAACGGAAACAGACAAAAAAUCCCAGAGAAAAUCGCAGCGCCGUGCUGUGCGCAGUUCGCCGUCUCUCGGGAGGCUGUGAGGAGGAGGAGUUUAGCUGAGUGGGAGGCGUUGAGGGAUUGGUUGGUGCAGACGGAGUUGGGGAGUCGGCAGAGUGGGAGGUUGCUGGAGUGGACUUGGCAUUUGUGGUUUGGGAAGGAGGCUGUUUUUUGUCCGGAGGAAGAGAAGUGUCUUUGUGAUGUUUAUGGGGUUGGGGAGUGUGGUGGGGAGUUGUGAGGUUAUGGAAAGAGACGAGAUUUUGGGGGAAAGAGGACGAUUUGCUGCGUUUAGCGUUACUUUCUUAGAUUGGUGUAUGGGUUUGCUUUGCAUUUUGAUGGAGUCCUUGUGGUGUUAUAUGUACAAGAAUUGGAAGAUAUAUACAGAGAAGAAGAGAGCCAAUUUAUGUUGGACACCCACCAACA